UCUUGAACCACUCUUAAUCCAGGAAACAAGGGUGAAGAGGCCGAGAAGGGAGGACAUUCUUUCAUCACCGGCAGCGUUUGUUUACCAGAAUGGACAGCCAGGAGGUGGGAGACUUACUGGAAAAAUGCCUCGAGGCAGCAAAACCAGAAGCAGCAGGCCAACAGUCCGUCCAGCUGUCUGAACAGAGGCUAAACUACUGCAGAUGCAGAGACUCGCUGUGUGAAGAACUGGCCUCUCUGCUGCAGGAGGCCAUGGAAAUGAAGUGGCCCUUUGUGCCGGAGAAGUGGCAGUACAAGCGGUCGGUGAGCACCGAUGACAAGACCAACCUCAGCGACCUCAUUGGCAAGCACCUACCGCAAAUACUGGCUUUUCUAAAGGCGUCCAUCAUGGCUCAGGAGGCACAUUCGGCGUUAGCAGUGGUCUUCUUAGUGGAUCGCUUCCUCUACUGGAUUGACGAGUCGAGCCGGCUGCUGAAGAUUGCCAGGCUGCUCCACAAACGCUACCCUGACACCCCCAUAGCCCCGCAGCUGGUCAUACGGCACGCCAGGGUCUUUCUAAACUCUGGCAAACUGCAGAAGGCAGAGUACAUCCUGAGCAGUCUGAUUAACAACAGCGGCACAACAGGUUGCUGGAAAUACCACUCUGAAAGCGACAGGGCCCUUGUGCAAGCUGUUAGCGUUCAAGUACGUGGAAUGAUUUUGCAAAAACUAGGCCUGUGGCUCGGGGCUGCAGAGCUAAUCUGGGCUUCUCUGGUUGGUUACUACUCACUUCCUCAACCUGAUAAAAAGGGCAUUGGAACCUCUCUUGGUAUCCUGGCCAACAUUUUGGUGUCUAUGAACGAUGAGGACUUCAAAGCUUUUAGGACUAAUCAAGAUGCUGAUUUUUCUUUACUUGGGGACGGGAGUCACCGUCUUCUUUCAGCCGCCCAGGCAGCAAAGAUGGCCGUGGUGUACAGUCAGUACACUUCACUCUAUGUGUUGACAAACGUAGUGACUCAAGGCACCUGCCUGUUAUCGUACAGUUUCUCCGUGGAAUGCCCUGCCGCUCAAAGACAGUCGUUCCUCCUGCAGGCUAGAGAAGCAUUUGCAGUCGGCCUGCUCACCAAAGCAGAGGGUGACCUGGUCACGAGCAAGCAGGAGCUUCAUACCUUCCUCAAAGCUGCCUAUUCCCUCACUGUCACUCAUAAAUGGCUUGGCACUCCUCUGGAGAUUGUGGCUCAGGCAUCUCAGGCUUGCCAUGAAGCUGUGGCGAUUUUUUACAAGUACUGUCUCGCUAAUACCCAAAACAAAGAAAACCUCUGUGCUGAGAUCAUGCAUCUUGUUGCCCAAGUCAAGCUUCUGUUGCAGGUGGAGCCUUUCCCUAAUUCUGAUAAGAAAUCUUUCAUCCCUGACAGCUAUAGAAAUGUCGAAGAUGCCUCUGUAAAUUUCACCCUGGAAGGUUUCUCAAAGACAAUGCAGGAACUUCAGAAGAAUCAAGCAUCACUGUGUGAGACCAACAACACGAACCGUAGGGAAGCUAAAGAUGAGAUAGAUGGGACUCGGCUGUGUAUAACAGCGCUAGGGACAACCGUCAGUAGUCUCAACACUGAAUGCAGCACUGAAGCCUGCAGAGAGUUAAAAGACCUAACCGAAGCAGAGGCGCCACAGCAGAGAGGUUCAGACCCAUCCUUUGUGCAUCUACCUCAAAAGUUUGACCUGCAUGCCACAUCAGGAAGCAAAGAUAGCUCGUCAUGGCAUGACUUCUCUUUGAGCGGUUCAGGAUCUCCUCAGCCCAGCAGCAGUGGCUACACAGGAAGCAGUGCUAAACAUAGUAACUCCAGGAACGGUUCCUGUGCUGCUCAGAAAUCUGCAAUACCUGCGCCUUCCUCCUCCAAAGCAAGUAGUGAUUUAGAGAAGUUUAAAGUAGUACAAGCUGAAGUAGCUACAAUGGGCUCUGAGGAGGAUUGGGUGAUUAAUUUUACAGAGGGAUCGGUGGAAUCCUUAUCCCAGCUGGCUCUUAAAACAUCCAGCUCCCUCAACGAUAGUUUCAGUUCCCAGUCAUCAUGGGAGAAAAUCUCCGCUGACUCCCCCAUAUGCAGAAAACCGCAGCCAAGCGGCCUAUCAAAAGCAGAAACAAGCCAAAUGAGCAAGUCACCAGAUUCAGAUGGGAGCUUUUUUAUUAUGGAAACACGUGAUUGUGUAACCAAUGAUUCAGCUUUUGAUCGCACGUACAAAAACAGCACAUCUGAAGGGAAGGUCAGAGUGUCAUCCAAGCCACAACCUCUGGAGAACCUCAAUGUUUUCUCAAAUAUGGACACUGAAGUGGACUCAGAGCCUGUAAAACAUGAGACCGACAAGUCUGUAGCAACCCCACACCAUGUUUCACAAGAUCUCCCAGAACAGUGUGCGGUCGAAGACACCUCCACAGGAAGUUCCUUUGAGAUGCUGGAGGCGAAUCAACACGAAAAUGUGACUUCUCCAGAGAAAGUGAACGUGUCUCAGAGGAAGAACCUCUUGUGCCACAGCUGUCUAUACCCGAGAACCGAAGCUGAUUUUGCCCCCACAAGACAGUAUUUGUUGUCAGAGCGGGAUUACCAAGCACUGCUCGCCGGGGUUUGCCACGAGUGUCUGCUGCAGAGGUUGCAGAGUGAUGAGACACAAUUCAAACUCAAGAAACACAGCACUGCCUACAGUGCUCUUAAUUUAAAGUUCUCCAAGGCCACAGGACUGUGGACGGCCAGGGAGACCUGUGUUUACAUUGGAGAGGAGCUGAAGAUAAAGGAGGAGCUGAAGGGCCGCCAGAGAUCACCAAUAUGGGUACAGUUCUUACACCAGGAGGAGAGGUUAAGCAGCUAUGUCGGGAAGGAUUACUUGAAGCCGAAACAUAUCCACUUUUACCUGAAAGAUGUGGAGAGACAGAUGACCGCCCAGUACUACGUGACGGAAUUCAACAAGAGUCUCUACGAGAAAAAAGUCAUGGCUCAGAUCUUCUACAUUCCCUCCGAAGCACUGUUGCUUUUGAACGGAGACGAGAUUGUGGGCUGUGUAACGGUGGAGCCCUACAUGCUUGGAGAUUUUGUCAAGCUGACCAACAACACUGUAAAGACGAACAAGAGGUUCAAGGCUACGGAAUAUGGCCUCGCCUUUGGACACUUCACCUACCACUGCUUUGGUCACCAGGAGGUUGUUGUGGACUUGCAAGGAUGGGUGACAGCCAACGGCAAAGGGCUGACCUACCUCACUGACCCCCAGAUUCACUCCACCAGAAUCCCCAGAGGUAACUCUAACCAUGCUGAGACGGGGAUCAGACGCUUCUGGAAAGAGCAGCAUGGACCGAAGUGCAAUGAGAUUUGUCAGCUACUGAAGCUGAAAUCACCACCCUGUCCAGAGUGUCCCCUGCCUUCUGAGUCAAAUGGGAUAGGCUCCAGCCCCCCCUGCGACCCUAAUGAGGAUUAAGCGGUGUGUAGACAAUGGAUAGAUGGAUGCAGCUACCAUCGCUACCACCACCCACCCACACAUUCUUGCUCAAUAACUUUAAGGAGUUGCAGAUGUGAACAUGGUUUCGUAAUCGUCAAGAGCAAUGUUUUAAAAUUUCCUGGAAGACUUACUGUUGGGAAUUCAGGCACGGAAAUGAGCAACAUGUCCUUGAUGCAAGAUUCCAGAACUUACAGGUUUACAUGAUUUAGUUUGAAUAGUUAAAUCAAAGUACUGUGUUUCUCAUAAUGUAUUUUUUUUCAAUGUACGAAUCAUAAUUGUGUAUUUUUAGCUACCAAAUCCCACUAAUCUUAGAUAGACUUUGGGGUUUAUAAGAUUCUAUUAUAUAAACAUUGCAGUAAAAUGCUCUUUUAAGAAUCAUGGAAAUCUGCAAAAUGUUGUCAUUUUGUUAGCUUUUCUGCAGAAUGCUGGAAGAAUACGGAGUUGACAGAGAAUUCUAAAAUUAAAAAAUGACCAACAUCUUUGACACUUGGUACAACACUUAUGGAUGAAGGAUCACUUCUCCACACUGAUAACAACCAGGCUGUUUUGUCCGAAGGUCAAGUGCUGUUGCCUGGAAUUACCUGAGUGCAUUCAUUCAAAUACUGUAAUUUAGUCCAGGUUUGAGGUAUUUUUCCUUGACUUUAUUAUUUUAAUGUUAUACUACUUUAUACUUGCACUCCACUCCAUUUCAAAAUUAAAUAUUCUCCUUUCUACUCCAGCUAUGCAGUGGAUAAUACAACAAGCUUUUAAAAUAUGACACAUUGUUAAAGAUUAAACCAAAGUUUUACAGUCCCUCUGUUGGAUUGAUGUCUUAAAAAGCGGCGCGUGAUUGGGUUAGUUGUCAACUAACCACGCACCCAACCACCAACAGCUGAACUUCUCAUGUGGUUUCAAUGAUCCAAUAUCUCACCAUAGGUGAGAAGUUGGGAGAAAAAUAUUUAUAAAUGUGUAUAAAACUGUACACAGUAUGACUAAAGCUGCAGCAGCUACAACAGUGACAUGCUGUAUACAUACUGCUUAAGAAUGAAUAAUAUAAUUAUGCCAUAUAUAUGACUGCAUCAAUCAGAAAUCAAAAGUUUUACUUUCAUGCUUUAAAUACUUUGUGGUGCUAAUUCUCCUGAGUAGGAUUUUCCAUGUAGAACUUUUACCUGUAAUGGAAUGUUUUUACUUUACCAUAUGCCCCAAAACAUCUAAAGUCAGUAAGUCAGUCAGUCAGUCAGUAAAUAAAAAAUGUUAAGUAAAUUAUAAAUUACCCCACAAAACUACAGAAACAUUUUGUGUUAUAGCUGCUACCAGUGUGAGUAUUUACUGUUGGUAUUGAACAGUGUUUUCAGUGAUGUGUUGAGUCAUGAAAACAUGUGACUUUGUUAUAUAAUAAAAUCCUUGUUUUGUGUUUGCAAAAAAAAGUUUUUCACUGUUUCUUCUCUAUGCCACUGGAUUGCUGUCGAUAGCGGUCUAAACCAGAAACUGCCUGUAAUAAAUCCUUUUAAAUGUACAGCUGUGGCUUGAUUAAAAGUUUCAACCAUG